ACAGCGGAAAUCACACAUGAGGUCGUCCGUCGCUGAUUCUCUUCCGGCUGCUGCAAGGGGGAAACAUUUUCUCCGGACGCCCAUACCUCUUAGGACGAGCUGCAAGGUUGUGAUGCGCUUUCCUUUUUCCUUUCUCACUGAGGUGAAAUGGCUGGGCUGAUCAAUUUCGAGGAUGAAGAGGAGGUGAAGGAGUAUUUGGAGAAUUUGGGUGUAGAGUACAGCUUCCAAUGCUACAAGGAGAAAGAUCCUGACGGUUGUUAUCGUCUGGCUGAAUACCUAGAAGCGAUAAAGAAAAACUUUGAAGGUAGUGCUAAAGUACUUAAAGAGAACUGUGAAAAAAACUUGCACAAUGAGAGCUGCUAUAAACUUGGAGUUUACUGUGUGACUGGAAAAGGUGGGAUUCCUCAAGAUUUGAAAGCUGCCUACAACUGCUUCUCAAAGAUUUGUGAGAAAGGUGGGAAGAAAUCCAUAGAAUCUUGUCACAGUGUUGGACUGUUGGCAAAUGAUGGACGAGGAAAUGAUGAUGGGAAGCCCAAUGCUCAACUAGCCAGGGACUACUACAGCAAAGCUUGUGAGAGUGGUUUUGCUCCCAGCUGUUUCAACCUUAGUACAAUGUAUCUUCAAGGAACUCCUGGGAUAGCAAAGGAUAUGAACCUGGCAUUGAAGUAUUCUCUGAAAGCAUGUGAUUUAGGAUACACAUGGGCAUGUGCCAAUGCUAGCCGAAUGUACAAACUAGGGGAUGGGGUUGAGAAGAAUGACGCCAAAGCGGAAAACCUUAAGAAAAGGGCAAUGGACUUAUACAAGGAAGAACAGGCAGUUCCAAGCCCCUUAACAUUUGGAGAGUAAGUCCAGUGAGUUUUCUCCAGAAAUAUACUUUGUUGGUGCAGAAAUUUAAUUUGCCAAUCCAUUAUGUUGCAUUUGAACAAAUUGGAUAGACAAACUGUUAUUUUGUAACAUAAUAAGAAAAUACCUAUAUUCUUAAGAUGUCCCCCACUGCAAAGUGCCACUCAUGUGAGUAUUAGAAAAAGAAAGAAAUGCUGUGCACUCCUAGGAAGUAAGUACCACUGGACAUGAUGGAACUUACUUCUAAGCAGGCAGAUCUGUUGGACAAGUCACUAGAAACCACAACUAAUUUUUUUCCUUUUCCACAUCGUCACAUUGCAUUUCUUCCUCCUGCAAGGAAACAAAAGAAGUUUACAAGCGCUUCUAGCCAUUUUUUCCUCACAAUGACAACCUUGUGGGGUAGGUUAGGGUUAUUUAUUUGAUCUUUAUCCUGCCCAGUAACCAAGGCUCUCCUGGCAAUUAAAAAAAGUUAAGAAACACACUAAUAAAAACUAACAAAACCACAGAAAUUGCAAUGGAAUCUUCAUUGAUGUAUAUCAGUAAUACUUGAUAAAAUGCAAUAUUUGAAAUGAAGUAUAAAAGUUAAACUGUUAAACUGCCGGGAAAAUAGAAAGGUCUUCACCUGCUGCUGAAAGAAUACAAACUAGGUGCCGGAUACACCUUUUUAGGAAGUUUAUUAUUUAUGUAUUUAGAAGGCUUCUAUGCUGUCCCAUUCACCGAAGCCUCGGGGCGACUCACAAAAAUAAAUAAGGACAGAAUAAAACAAUAUGAGUCAACCUGGCCCAAAAAAUAAAAUAAAUAAAUAAUAUUAACACUUAAAAUAGCGUUUGAAUAAAAAGGUCUUCGCCUGGCACCGAAAAACAAAUAACGGUGCCAGGCGGACCUCUCUGGGGAGCUCAUUCCAUAGAUUGAGUUCAUUCCGCAGCUGGGGUGCCUCAACCAAAAAGGCCAUGCUCCAUGUAGCUACCUGGCUCACUUGGUUUGGAAAGGACUCCAGGAAAAGGACCCCUAAAGAUAACUUCAGGGUUAGACUAGGUACUUAUGGGAUGGGGUGUUCCUUCAGAUAGCCUGGCCCUAACCUCCCCCAAUAGUUUCAUGUAGAUGUUAAAUAGCAUGGGGAUUAAAUAGAAUCCUGGGGUACCCCAUGGCAUAACUGCCUUGGCACAGAGCAUUAAUCCCCCAGCAUCACCUCCUGGAAUCAGCUGGUCAAGUAGAAGCAGAACCACUGCAACAUGCAAUGCAGUGCUUCCUACUCCUAGCCCUGCCAACAUCUCUAGAAGGAUACCAUAAUCAAUGGUAUCAAAAGCCACUGAGAGGUCCAGAAGAAUCAGCAGAAUCACACUGUCCCCAUGUUUUUCCCACAAAGGUCAUCCCACAUCCAUCCAUUCCAAAACCAGGCCUGAAGCGAAUCCUGAAAAUCCAUUUCAUUCAAGAGGACCCGGAACUGUUCAGCUACUGCCUGCGCAAGCACCUGGCCCAGGAAGGAAACGUUGGCUAUUUGCCUAUGCUUAUUAACAUCUUAUGGGUCCAUGUCAGGCCUUUUCAGGAAUGUCUUAAUUACAGCCUCUUUAAGAGAGGUUGGCACCACUUCCUCUCUCAUGGAACAUUUACAGCCUCUUGGACCCAGGUAGAAAUCCCUUUCUUAAUUGCUGUCAUACAAGGGCAAGGGUUGAGCGCACAGGCGGUGAGCCAGACUUGAUCAGGCACCUUGUUGGAAGCCGUGACUUACCAGAGGUCACCCAGUGAGCCUAAUGGAUGAGUGGGGACUAAAAUUGGACUUUUCCAUGCCCCAGACUGCAGGGAACUGUAGUAUUAUACUACAGGGGCUCUCAAGUGACCAAUAUCAAUCAGAGAGAAAGGGAAAGGCAAGUCCUCAGGCUUACAGGUUACAGACAAGGGGAAGGAAAUUGGAGGGAUAUGGUAAAGCAGAAGAGCAUAACCUCUUUGAAAUGGAGGGCUUCAUGAGGCCAUGUCAGGCCCACAUUCUUAACGCCUGCUCACAGACAAGUGUAAACAUAUCCCUUGAAUUUAUGAGUAGAGAUUGCCACCUUUAUUUUUUUUCAGCAGGAAGCAAUGUGGUCGUCUGAUGGGUUGCAUGCAGCCCAGUGACUGCAUUUUUGGCACCCCUACAGUAGAAGUUUGAUAAUGCCAGAAUAAUGGGGUGAGUUCUUCAUACCGUAAUUAGGAAGCAUGUUACAUGAAUUUCAGUGGCAUAGGUGUUGAUGAAAACAUGCUUUGGACCACUAUGAGUUCUAUGUUACGGGGACAUCUUAUGAAUCUUGUCUACAAUGAAGAAAAUAUGGAAAAAUUGCCAUUUAAAGCACUAUGUACAGCUCCUUGCACUCCUUGUGUCUCUUAGAUAUAUCUAAAAAAUUAAAUCCAGUUAUAUUGUUUGCAACUAGCAUGUUGAGGACAGAUUUAAAUUAUCUUAAUAAGAGAAAAUAAUGCUUAUAGAUGUUGUGAAAAGUAGGGAUCCUGUUGAUCAUAAUUCUUUUUAAAUGCAGGGCCAGUUCUUAUAAUACUGAGCCACACAUAAACAUGCAGUUCCUGAUUGCCUGAAUAGAUAGUGAUCAUAAAGACAGUUACCAUCAUACUCUUUUUAGUAAGGGUGGCCACUUACACACUGUCAAACAAAGAGACGAGACACCAUAUAGUUGCAUAAAAUAAGCACAUGCUAAUUAUGUAUAUAUGCAAAUUUAGAAAAUACUAAAAUUUAAAUGGAACACAAUACAUCUCAUAAUAGCACAUGACCUGUUUGCCUGUUCAAUCUACUGUCCAGGUUCUAGCUGUUGAUGGGCAACUUUGAGGCCCUUGUGCUCCUUUCUUACAGUCUGAGGCAAGUUAAUGCUCAUGUAGAAAAUAUGUUCACCAAUUCUUAGACUAGCUAUCUGGAAAUGAUAUUGUCUGUGAUAUGUAUUCUCAAUAGAUUGUUUUGGAUGACAUUCAGCAUCACUUGUUAGCAGUUUCCCAUUCAGUUCAUUAAGCAGUUGUGAUAUAGUUUAGGGUUCCAGGCCACCAGUCAGCUAUGAAACCAACUGGGUAGCUUGGGGCCAGUCAGUGCCUCUCAGCCUAACCUACCUCACAGGGCUGUUGUUGUGAGGAUAAAAUAGAAGGAGAACUUUAUAAGCUGCCUUGGGUCCCUUGCAAGAGGAAAAAUGGUGGGGUAUAAAUACAAUCAAAUAAUUUUUAAAGGGAAGCUUUAAUAGCUGCAUCAGUGGUUCCUUGUGUAGGAAAACACUAACAGUGCAAAUCUGUUUAUGCCUACUAAACAAUCAUCCCCAUUGAGUUCAAUAAAGGCCUCAGUCAGUUAAAACCUUGAAAUGAAUAUCUAUGACAUCCUAUUCUGCAGGAAUUUCAUAAAUGAAUAGAUUGUUCUACUUUUUUCAACACUAGGAGGCACUCAAGAUUUAAAAUCCACAUUACAUUCAGCACCAUUCUCCUGUUUUUGUAUAUAGCAAGUCCUAUGAAAUAUUAAAUUUCCCUUCAGGGUGGUAAUUUAAUUAUGAUAGUAAUUAGCCUGGAACCAAAGAACUUGUAUUUCCCAGUUUUAUUUGAGUCAUAUAUCAAGGGUAUGUAUUCUGUCAUAGAAGUGGAAAGUGUAAGUCCUUGACCAUUUCAUACUGGCUUUUUAAAUUAUUGUCCCCUUUAUAAGUAUUUGUAAAACAUUUUCUAUAUUAAAUUUAUGUUAUAAUGUUCAAUCUCAUGUAAUUUUAAAAACAUGAAUAUUUUUACAACAGGUUUAGAAAUAAACUUUUUAUUUUUAUGAAAAGGAUAUAAGAGUCUCUGGCUAAGCAAACAUCAAAGCAUGGGUGAGCAAAAGUUUUCAUAAUGAACAGGAGACUAUCAAUAUAAUCCUUGGGUAGCAAGGUUCAUUGUAGGAAUAUAAAUAACAUUUCCUAGAUAAAUGCUCAGCUCUUCUGGCUUAAUCUACCAAAAGUGUACUGAUGUAUUAGUCUUUUCAGAUAUUCUUUGCCUGAAGGGGGUUUAGAUUUGUGGAUAUUUCAACUUCAUUUGACUACAAUUGCUUCAAGGAACAGAUAAUCAGGUUAUAAUAUUACGAGGUGAUAGUAAGUUUCCAAAAGAUACUGCAAUGUCUUACAUAGUCAUUAAUGUAAUGAUUCCCAGAUUUGGUGGUAUGGGAAUCUUCUAAGUUAUUUUAUCAUUAUUUUAGUAUUAGCUGUUUAGUUUAGAACUCGACAAGUGGGCCAAACAUUUCUAAAUAUCUCAUGAUAAGGACUUGGAGAACUAAUAUGUGAGUGCAAAGGAGACUGGAGUAUAUGAAAGCGUUUGCCACAGCGAUAUGGGAGGCUUCCAUACACAAGCAGAUGGGAUCAGCCAAAUUAAAAGAAACAGAUAAUUUUAAUAGAAUUCUAGGAGUUCUAAGAUAGAACUUCAUCACUUAGGCAGGCAGUUCAGGAUCUCUCCCGAAAAAAAAAAAAAAAAAACUUUAUACCACCUCUUGCCUAAGAAAUAACCCUGUGUAACACAAAAAAAGGAUUAUAUGUCCCAGAGGAAGAUAUUUUAGCUAUGAGUUUUUUAAAUUGUUUUGUUUUAGGGCCUUCAAUGUUCACAACUGGAAAACACAAUCUUUAACUGAA